UGCCGUAGUGACUCAUUGUGAUCCAAUCUCAAUCUUGCCCUUAGCAUUCCCUCAUCGUCUUUUCCUUUCUUCUUUUCUUACAAAAACUAUGGCUCUUCUAAUGCAAGAAACUCCAAAAAUCGACCACUUGGAAAAUACUGAAGUCCAGGAAUUUUACAACAGUGCCAUCCUCAUGUCCUUCCUAGAAGAAUCUCAUUCUGAUGAUGAAUACUACAACGAUGAAGAAUUGAACAGCUUGAUGCAAUCUCUACAGGAAGAGAUUAAUGCUAAAGCUGUGGAGCCUGAGCUGAACGUGGUGGCUGAGAGGGUGGAGGGUGGAGUAUCCAUGGAUUUUGAGGGGUUUGGAAGGAGUGAUGAUGAUAUGGAGGUAGUGCCUUCCUCACCAAGUGAGGACAUGAACUGGUACAUGGGCAUGGAGGGUCAAGCAGGGGAGAUGGAAUUCGGAGCAGAAUUUUUUUAUCAAACUUAUUAUUGUGGAGUUACCUUAGAGGAGCUCCAAUAUAGCAGUUCUCUUUGGCAAGAAACAUAUGAUGCAACAAUGUACAACUAAAGUUUUUUAUGUUUCUCAGUUUUGUAGUUUUGCUCUUUUUUUCAUAUAAUGGAAGAUUAUAAUUAAGUUGUACAUCUAAA